CGUCCCGGCGCGGCGGCCGCGGCCUUCCGGCGAGCUCGGAGCGCGCUUCCGGCGGGGCCUGCGGGGAGGCGGCGGCGGCGGCGAUGCGCAUCGAGAAGUGCUACUUCUGCUCCGGGCCCAUCUACCCGGGGCACGGCGUCAUGUUCGUGCGCAACGACUGCAAGAUAUUUAGAUUCUGCAAAUCAAAAUGUCACAAAAACUUCAAAAAGAAGCGGAAUCCAAGAAAGAUCAGAUGGACCAAAGCAUUCCGGAAAGCAGCUGGCAAAGAAUUGACAGUGGAUAAUUCAUUUGAAUUUGAAAAACGUAGAAACGAGCCAGUGAAAUACCAGAGAGAGUUGUGGAACAAGACUGUUGAUGCAAUGAAGAGAGUGGAGGAAAUCAAGCAGAAACGCCAAGCUAGAUUUAUUAUGAACAGAUUAAAGAAGAGCAAAGAAUUGCAGAAGGCAGAAGAUAUAAAAGAAGUCAAACAGAAUAUCCACCUUCUUCGUGCUCCACAUGCAGGCAAACCAAAACAGCUGGAAGAGAAAAUGGUGCAGAAGCUACAAGAGGAUGUGGAUAUGGAAGAAGUCUCUUAAAAUGCUUGUAUCUUUUAUUGUCAUAUCUUCAACAGUUAACAAUUGCUUACUGCUGCACCUGGCAUCGUUCAGACCUAUGCUUACAGUUGAAGAAAAAUACAUUUUAAUAAACAGUGGCUGUUACAGUUUGAUUUUUUUUUUUUUUUUAUAAAAAAAAUAAUAUGAAUAAUGGUUUGGGCAGUACUUCAGUUAUCUGAGUGGAGAAAAGCUUGUCAGCAGGAUGAAAAAUAAAGCAUAUUAUUUGAGAUAGUGUGUUUGUUCUUACCUAGAAAGAAAAUGUACUUUUCCUUUUCCCUGAUAACUCAAGGAGUAAAAGAUGUUAGCACUACACUUAUUUUGCCUAUUCUUCUGUAGCAGUGAAAGCAGAUAAAAGUGUAUUUUAAUGGUUACGAGGUGGGGCAAGGUGUAUUACUUUUAUUCAGUGCAAUGCAGAAAUUUGUUUUCACCCUGGUCAUUGGGAAUGUUUUUGAGUUUGUUAUGAAUGCAGAUGAUUUUUGUUUCAUCUCCUCUUUAAGUCAACUUCCCCCCAAAUUACAGUGCAAUUGACAUUAAGCCUGGCAAACCUAACAUUGAUGUAGGACUGGCUGCUGUUUGGAAAACAGUAAUGGUGAUAGCAUCUGGUCUGAAGUUUGAACCACCAUUCUCCUGAGCUACUGGAAUUCAAAUCUGACAUGUAAUCAAGCUGAUUAAGAUGCUGAAUAAAUGAUGCUUCUGACUGUUUUUACCUAAUGCUGAGGAUUAUUUUGAUAGAAAGGAAGCUCAUGUUAAGUGUAGGUAUUUUGCAUAUUGUGAUGGUAUUUAUUCAGUGUGUCAUCAGUACUGAGAUAAAUUCACUGCUUUUUUUAAACUGCAUACAGUUCUCUACAACACUGUGAUAAGAGAAGCUUUCUGAAAACAUUUAAGAUAGUAUUUACUCCUGUCAGUGAUAAUUUCCCUGAAAAAUAAUUAUUAGUUUAUUCCAGAUUUGAGUAUGCUCUGUAUCAACUCAUAAA